UACUCAACCCCAUCACUUAAACUUCUUGUGCAAGAUGUACGAAUAUGAGUGCGAGACCUGUCCGGCCACGUUCUACUGGGAAAGCGAGUGCGAGCAGCACAUGAAUGACUAUAACCAUUGGCCCGAAUGCGAAACCUGCACUCGUACUUUCUGCACCCAACGUGCUUGCGAUCAACACAUGAAUGGCAGCCGACCAGCACAUGACGGCUCUUGGGCAUUGGACUCCGAAGAUUCCCUGCGAAGCAUGCAGAAAGGUUCCAUACCCAGAACGCAGCGAAUCAGCAUAUGAAUGACUUGGGACAUUGGGCUCCGAACAUUCCUUGUGAAACAUGCGAAAAGAAGUUCCAUACACAGACCGCAGCGAAUCAGCACAUGGAGCAGCUUGCUCACUACAAGGCUUAUUGUAAAGCCUGUAAAAAACAAUUUCAGACUGAGAACAACUUGAAAUGCACCUCAACUCAGAGAUUCACCGAGGCACCAAGGUCCCAUGCCCGUUCUGCAAGGAAAACUACACAACUGCUAGUGGCCUCACUCACCACCUCGAGACAGGGUCAUGCACGCAUGCUCCUAAGCUCAAUCGAGAUUCUAUACUUCGUAUGAUUCGCGAGCGUGAUCAGCACGGUACCAUCACCAAGAAGCAAAUUGAAUGGCAUCAGGAUGAAAACGUCAAAUACUCCGCUACCAAGCAUGCAUUUAAUGGUUCUCAUUGGGAGUGCUAUCUGUGCCACAAGACCUUUAACACUAAUAAUGCUCUAAAUGCGCAUCUUAGUUCCCCAGUGCAUAAGCAGAAGGUGUAUCAUUUCCCGAACUCGAACGCGAAGUGUGGGAAGGAGUUUGUUUAACUUGCUGGAUUAUUUAACCAUCUGGAAAGUGAGACAUGUGCCUUUAUAAGGUUUGAGAACGUACAGCAACGGGUGAGAUCUGUUCUUCAAGGCAGGAAGCUGAUUACGUUCUAGCAAUGUCGUUGUGUUCCGGCCAGCCUUCAGUGCUAUUCAGGAUAGAAAUUGUUAAGUUAAGGUGGAAAUUGACGGCAUUAACAAAGUGCAAGCAACCUUCACACGGAGGAGGAUUCUCGUUUGGCCGAGAAAGACUGGCAGCUUGUAAUUUUGGGAUAGGAGAGGUUCUGUACUCAGGAUCAGUUACUAUACAUUACAGUAUCUAUGUACGAGCAAAUAGGAAGAAACUUUUAC